CUAAAAAUAAGAAUAUUUUUCCCAGUUUUUUUGAUGUUUUGAUUUUUGAAAUCAAAGAAAAUGUCCUUCUUAUAUCCAAAUGUACAGGGUACAGAGCUACCCAGAGAAAGAAGUGGACAUGUGUCGGUGUACUGGAAUGGCUUUAUAGUCAUCUGGGGUGGAUACAGGGAUAAUCAAGAUGUGCAGCUUCCUCAUUUCAUCCAGGAAACAUACCACGAUAGUGUGGAAUUGUGGCUAUUUUGUGUUGAGUCACUCACAUGGAGACSUGUCAUUACCAGAGGAGAUGUCCCGCCACCCCUGUCUGGUAGCUGUGCUGCAUGCAUAGAUAAUGUAAUGUAUUUGUUUGCAGGACAUUGUGAUAAUGGUCCAACAUCUAAGGUCUAUAUGCUAGAUUUAAAAACUCUGUCUUGGAAAGAUUUGAGUGGCUUGGUGAACAGUGAUUAUCCUCCUUCAUCAAGAGACAAGUUAUGCUGCUGGCAGCAUAAGGAAUUUCUCAUAUUUUUUGGUGGUUAUGGAACUCCUCCACAAACAUUUGUUGGCAAUGAAUGCUAUGGAGAGUUUGUUUAUAACUCUGUUGAUUUUUUUGGAGAUAACAGAGGAUGGAAUAAUAAUGUCUUUAUCCUGGAUACAUUAAAAAUUGAGUGGGUCAAAUUAAAAAUAAAGGGAGAUGGACCAUCACCACGAGCUGCCCAUGCAACAGCUAAGCUUCAAUCCAAAGCUUAUGUAUUUGGUGGCAGAUUUAUGGGCGAAAGAAGGAAUGAUCUCUAUUGUUUAGACUUGGACACCUGGCAGUGGAGUGGGAGUCUCCAUACAACUGGGUGUGUCCCUGGAGGAAGGUCAUGGCAUUCUUUAACCCCUGUUAGUCAAAGACACCUUCUUUUAUAUGGAGGUUUCAAUAAUAGUAGAGAACCUUUGGGGGAUGUUUACCUACUUGAUACAGAUUCUCUCACUUGGUCCAACAUUACACCUGAAAACACAUUACCCAGAAUGUGGCAUACAGCCUGUGCAACGUCAACACCAGGAGAAGUAGUAAUAUUCGGGGGAUGUUCCACUUCCCUUCUUGAUGAUGCCGAACCUCAACACUCCAACAAAAUCAUCAUAUUUAGAUUUACAGCUCUCCCUCUAAAAAGCAUUUGCAUAGAUAAAGUACUGAGUCAUCAUCCGUUGUCAAGUCAACUCAAGACAAUCCCGAAGUCAUUACUGCGAUCUCUCAUACCAUCAAGACGAUUAAACACUAUCAAGCCCAUCUAGUCCAAGUUGUAAAAGUACCUUAAGUGUAAGGCGUGCUGUACCAAGAACGUUAACUAAUACCAACAAGUUCUUCCUUGAUGUAAGGCUUGUUAUAACACCCAGGUAAUAAUGUUCCUCUAGUAUUCUAGGGACGUUAAUGCAAGAUCUGUUGCAUCACCAAAGCGAAUUAGUACCCAAAGGGAUAUCUUAAGGGAACUUUAAUGCAAGGACUGCCAUACCAGAAGUUUAUCUUCUAAGGAACCUUAUUUGCAAGGUCUGUUGCAUCAACAAAGCGAUUAAGUACCAGAAGACAUAUCUUUAGGGAACUUUAAUGCAAGUGCUGUUAUCCUAACGAAGCGAUUAUGUACCAGAAGUUCAUCUUCUAAGGAACCUUAUUGUAAGGUCUGUCAACAUCUAGGUGAAAAAUGUUGCUAUUGACUAUAGCUUGUCAAGGUACCUUCAUGCUAGAUAUGAUUCUUCUAUUAGAACUUUUAAAUCAUUCAGCAAUAUAUAUAUUUCCAAAAAUCCCCACGUUAAAUAAAAUCGUAGUUAGGUUUGGUUGGAUUCAGCUUAGAUUAUUUACACAAAGUACCACAUACUGAACAAACCAAUAAACAACAUAAACAUC